AUGAGUCACCCAUCGCGUGAUGCGGGCGAUGAACGCCCAAAUUUUGUUGGCCGGUCUACCCGACCUUUGAGUGCCAGAGACGAGUCUUCUAGAGGCGAACCUUGGCCGUCGGAACCGGAGCAUCAACCCCUUUCUGCUUUCGGUGCAGCUCGACCCAUCCUUCCGACGCGAGAGCGAUCUGGGUCAUUGAGAGGCGACCUCCCGGUACCGGGUCGGCAAGGCAAUUUUUUUCCUCAACUAGAGGAUCACCCUUCGACUGGUACUUUUCAAGCACAACAGCUCCCUCCACUAGGUUGUGAGUCACUUUAUCUUUGGGCGAGCGAAUCAUCACCACGGGCCCGCAGCUCACUCUUCAUUGCUUGUUUGCUCCCACCAGCAACACCAUAUCGUGGGCCGAUGCAUCCACACCCUGAGUACUUUGUUGCGCCGAGCACCCUGGCCUCUUUGCCGAGGGAAGGGCACUCGACGAGAGCCUCAGGCUUGCCAGCGCCUCGGACUGGGCCGUACCUGGCAGCUCCUGUGCGUCCGUUCUCCACAGCAAAUAAAUCAGAGAUUGACAUUGCAGGGAUCAGGCUUGUCUGGAUGUUUUGCAUCCAUUCCAUCUGUCUUUGGGACUCAUACUGACAUUUGUCGUUCGAUUUCUGUCACGCCCUCCCCACCCAUUUCAGACCGAUCCGAUCUCUCGCGCUCGCUCAGGUAGCAGUGUUUCAUCGUACAAUCUAUCUGCAGACUCGGCGCGGUCGCCUCAGACGCCGCCUGCAGCAGGAGGUGGUGCUGGCUUUGGCGCAGGGUCAUCUGGUGUUGACCGGCCAAGAAGGCGCUCGCGUGCAGAUUUGCUGCCUGGUCCUUACUCUACCACCGGUUCGAUGUCAAAUCGAAGUCGAGCUGCAACAUUAAGCGCGGCAAGCGCGCAUCCCUACACGUUUACGGAGUUUCCUCAUCAGCCCGGCGCGUCAGCUUCAGGUGCGCCUUCUUGCAUUACACCCCUCACAUCUUGCUUCGAGAUGUCACCUCCCACUAAAGCUCACUCUCGUGCUUUCCCAGGCCAACAAGAGGCUGGUCAUGAAGCUGCACAGCCACCUCAGAGCUCCUACCCUAGGGCCGAGAGUUCCACCGCAGUCGCCACGACUCCGCUAGAAGGCAUCUCACGCGUGAAAGCAGGCUUGUGAGUAGUAGUGAGAAGUCAUGCGAGCGGUCCUAUACUGAUGCCCUCUGCUACUUCCGGUUCCACGCCAGACGCUAUCAACUAGUGGUUGUACAGCAUCCCAGCAGGGCGCGCAUGUGCGGCUUCGGAGACAAGGAUCGACGGCCUCUGAGUCCAACUCUGAUUGUCAAGCUUGUGAUUACAGAGGAAGCAACUGGAGAGGAGGUAUCGCCAUGGUUAGCCUUCGGCAGGACGAGCCCCGCUUCCGCGUGAUGCAACUGCUGACGCCUUCCACUUCCGCCAUUAGGAAAGUCAACACAUCCCUGUUCUACCUAGCGUGCGAUCUUUGCCAUCCCGAAUUGCUGAUGGCCUCUCCGCGCAAUGUCUUGGUUCAUCAUCACUCAACGACCGUGCCCGUUCCUUCGCCUGGCCUCGGAAAUCCAUCUGAGUAUGGCGCCUUCCCUGGACCAAGCAGUCGACCCUCUUCUGCAGACUAUCCAAGCAUAAGGCCUCCUACACCAACGACGCCCGGCGCAGGCAGCCUGUCCUCGCUUGCAGCCCUCCACCUCGGCUCUCGCUCUCGAUCUUCCUCUGAUGCUCGUGGUCCAUACGACACUGCGAUGGGGAGCGGCGUGGAGAUCUCUUCUAGCGGGUCAGGAAUGCCACCUUCCAUCCUGCCGGCUGGUCUUCAAACCUUGACGACGGAGUCGUACACUCGCAAUCUGGUCGGAGCCUCGGUGGCCAGUGCGAAUGUCCUCAAGGACGAGCGCGAUCAUACUUGCAUCUUCUUCGUGCUUCAAGACCUGAGCGUGCGCACAGAGGGAUCCUAUCGAUUGAAGCUACUCUUUGCAGAUCUUUCAAGGUGAGUGCGCAGCCCUUCCGAAGCGCAGGCUUUGCACUGCCCAGUCCGCCUAGUCGAUACUCACGCUUGAGCUUUUGGCAAGCUGCAGGGAUGGGCAGUCCAAUGAGGGUGUCUCCACUGCCUUGGCAGAAGUGUAUACAGAUCCUUUCAGUGCGUGCUUGUCGUAGGGCAUGGCGGAUGCAAUCUAGGUGCUGACCUUUGCUGUAUCUUUGUUUGGCAUCUAUUCGCAUGUCAGCCGUUUAUUCGCCGCGCCGAUUUCCUGGUAUGCAUGAUCCGACGGAACUGUCGAAGAAGUUGGCAGCGCAAGGCGUCAAGAUUGCGACCCGAUCGGAUAGGAAGAAGCGCAGGCGCUCGGGUGGACAAGGCGCGGGAGCUUCGGGUGCGGCAGGAGAGGAGGUGGGAGAGGAGGAAGAUGACGAGUAG